AUGGACGACGAACUAUCUCAAAAUGAUAGAUCAGAUAACACCGUGGAGCAAAAUGAUGUUCCUGUUAUUAUAUCCAAAGAACAAAUUGAUUUUAAAAAUAAUUUAAGCUUAGUGAAUGAAAAUGUAGGCUACCAUGAUACAAUAAAUAAUUCUAUUCUAGCAUAUAAGAGAAAUAUAUAUCAUUCAUUUCAGCAAGGGAAUACAGAAUUUUCAUCUGGUUUAAAUUUACAAAAUAAUCAAGCGUCUAAUCGUGAACUUUGUGAGACUAGUCAGCAAGCUCCUUGCGUUACAACAGAUCCAUCUUCACUUAAUCAAAACAUGCAUGAAUUAGUCAAGAAUGAAAUGUCGACUGUUUGUUUAGGUUUAACAAAUCCACAGGAUUGUAGUAUUAAGAUUCAAAACCCCCAAGCUUGUGAUAGUAAUACACAAAAUAUUGAUAUUAAUUCAUCCAAAGUUCAUGAAAAUGUUAUAUUACCUUGUAGUCCUACAUCACCAAAAAAUCAGGAGCUUUCAGAAAAUAUAUGUGAUGAUAGCAUUAUGGAAACACAAAUUCAAGAAAAUGUAGUAACAACAGUAAAUGAGAAUAGUGAACGAUUAACUAAUGUCGAUAAUAAUACAGUUUAUAGUAAAAUUUAUGAAAAAGGCUCAAAAUUGGAUUUUAAUCAACCUCUCUCAACUACUAAUAUUACAGACAAUGAUACAAGUAAAUUUAAUAUUGAAAAUAGUUUAAACAAUAAUGAAAGAAGUCAAAAUAAUGUAGAAAGCAUUGAAACUGAUUCACAAAAUGAACAACAAAAUAAUAUUGAAGAAGCAAUGGAAAUUACAGAAAGCUCUUAUGACAUACUAACUAAUAAAUACUUUAGUGAUAAAAUUAUUGAACUCUCUAGGCUAUCCACUAAUACUGUUAUAAGUAAUCAAAAUUACUUUCGUGGUUGCAAGUGGUCUCCAGAUGGGACUUGUAUUUUGUCAAUAAUUAAUAAUAAGGGUAUGCAAGUCACAGAACUUCCUAGAGAAUUAUAUUCUAAUGAAAAUGUGUCUACGGAAAGACCUGUUGAUAUUUUAACACCUGCACUUCGUAUCAAAGAAGCUGGUUUAGUUUAUGAUUUUGAAUGGUAUCCAAAAAUGAAUAGUUAUGAUCCUGCUACUUGUUGUUGGAUUACAAGCAUUCAGCAUGGACCUGUGCAGCUAUGGGAUGCUUUUGAUGGAUCUCUUCGCAGUUCAUACCGAGGCUAUAAUGAUGUGGAUGAAGUUGAAGCUGCUUUAUGUACGCGAUUCAGUCCCAAUGGAGAUAAUAUAUUUGCUGGAUAUAAAAAAUCAAUUAAGUUAUUCGACACGGAUAGACCAGGGAGAGAUUAUCUAAAUUUCCGAAUUAAACAGCCAGCUAGUUGUUUAGCAUUAAAUAGUUUUGGUAAUUUACUUGCUGUUGGAUCAUGGCAUCGAACAGUAACUCUGAUGUCUGUAAAUAGUGGUGACUUGAUUCAAUUUGAUACAAUUUAUGGUCACAAAGGUGGCAUUACGCACUUAAUGUUCAUGGAUGAUUCUUCCAAUUCCACAAAUUAUCUUUUAUCAGGAGCACGAAUGGAUCCUACUUUAUUUCUGUGGGAUAUUAGACAGACUAUGAAACCUGUACGAACUUUUUGUAGACAAGUGAUAUCAAAUCAAAGAAUUUAUUUUGAUUUAUCGCCAUUUAAUAAUAAUUGGCUAGUUAGUGCUAGUACAAGUGGCUUAUUGAGAGUUUGGAAUUUAAAAACUGAAAAAGAGUUUAAGUUCCCAGUGCACAAUGACUGCUGUAAUGGAGUAUCGUUCCAUCCAAGUAGACCUAUAAUAGCAACAACAAGUGGUCAAUAUCAUUUUGCACAAGAAGAUACUUUGAAUGACGAUGAAAGUAAAAAAAAUUCACAAGGUGAUAAUAAUGAAAGUAUUUUAGAAGACAAUAUGCAAACAUGUAAGAAGACUGAAAACUCUAUGGUAUUUUGGUGGGUAAGUGAUAUUACAGGGUCAACAAAUAAUGAUUUAGAAAUAUAA